AUGGCCGAAACUAUAACUAAAACUCAACCACAAAGCCUUAAACUCAGAUCUGGCUUCGAAUUACCACAAGUUGGCUUUGGUUUAUGGAAAAUUCCAAAAGAUAAGACCGCACAAGUUGUGCAUGAUGCAAUUAAAUGCGGGUAUAGAAAUUUUGAUGGUGCUUAUGACUAUCAAAAUGAAGAAGAAGCUGGGGAAGGUAUCAGAAAGGCAAUUUCUGACGGGCUAGUAACUAGAGACGAAAUCUUUGUAACAACCAAGCUAUGGAACAAUUACCACUCUAAAGAGAAUGUCUUCAAAUCAGCCAAAUGGCAGAACGAAGCUUGGGGAUUAGGCUACAUUGACUUGUACUUAAUGCAUUUCCCCAUUGCCUUAAAGUAUGUGGAUCCUAAGGAAAACCAAUACCCAGCUUGGUGGGCAGAUAAGGAAAUGACUAUUGUACAACCUGAUAGAGUUCCAAUUAGAGAAACAUGGGAGGCAAUGGAAUCAUUGGUAGAUUUAGGAAUUGCAAGAUCGAUUGGAGUUAGCAAUUUCCAGGCACAAGCAAUCUACGAUAUUUUGACAUAUAAUAGCUUACCAAUCUCAGCUUUACAGGUGGAACAUCACCCGUAUUUGGUUCAACCAGAAUUAUUUCAACUAUGCCAAGAACAGAAUAUUGCCUUUAUUGCUUACUCGUCGUAUGGACCACAAUCAUUUCUUGAACUUCCUGGAUCAUUCUCUGAGUUGGCAAAUGAUAUUACUCCAUUAUUUCAAAAUAAAACUAUUUUAUCGAUUGCCUCGACCCAUAAAAAGUCCCCCGCUCAAGUAUUGUUGAGGUGGGCCACUCAAAGAGGCGUUGUAGUUAUUCCAAAAGCUUCAUCGCAAACCCAUUUAGAACAAAACUUACAGUUAGACUUUGAUUUAUCAGAGGAUCAAAUAAAUUCCAUUUCGAAGUUAGACAUUGGAUUGAGAUUCAAUGACCCUGGGUUCUACUUAAAGAGUCAUCCAUUACAUAUAUUUGCUUAG